GAGACACAACAACUAAAUAAAACUAUUGUUAUUAAUCAUUUAUUAAAACAAAUUUCACGAAACGCUUGAAGCGAGCGCACGCGUUUUUCUCUUGAUAUUUUAAACAAGAAAAAAUAUAGACAAAUUAUAUUUUUUAUAACAAAAAAGAAAAAUCCAUAAAGUAAGCAAUCAGUUUUCAGUCAGUGAAACGUUCAUUUACUGUCACAAUUAAAAGAAACAAAAAACCAAAAGACGUGUUGUGUGUGUUCGUGAAAUAAAUUGUGAUUUUUUUUAUUGCAUUUUAUUUUGUUACGUACCAAAAAUUUCUAAUAUUUGUUAUUAAAAACAGAAAAUUUUUUAUUGUGGAAAUUUUCAUAUAGAAGUGAUUUGUUGUUGUAAGCAAAAAAAGAAAGAAAAAAUUCCAUAAAUAUGAGUGAUAAAUUAGUGAAUAACGGUGGAACCGCCGGUGAGGAAACCACAUCUAAACGAGAAGUUCGUGUUUGGUGUGAUGGAUGUUAUGAUAUGGUACAUUUUGGCCAUGCCAAUUCCUUAAGACAAGCCAAAGCUCUUGGUGAUAAAGUGAUUGUUGGCAUACACACCGACGAAGAGAUUGCCAAACAUAAAGGACCACCGGUCUUCACCGAAGAGGAGCGUGUUAAAAUGGUUAAAGGCAUUAAAUGGGUAGAUGAGGUAGUGCUGGGCGCUCCCUAUGUUACUACUCUGGAAGUUUUGGAUGAACAUAAUUGUGAUUUUUGUGUGCAUGGUGAUGACAUUACCAUGACUGCGGAGGGUGUCGAUACAUAUCAUUUGGUUAAAAAGGCCAAUAGAUACAAGGAAGUUAAACGCACAGCUGGUGUUUCUACCACAGAUUUAGUCGGUCGUAUGUUAUUAUUAACCAAAAAUCAUUUUCAUCAAGGUUCUGCAGAAUAUGCCAUUGAAAAAGAAGAAAAAUCUUUAAUUGAUAAAGUAUUGAAUAAAAGCAUUCCAAAAAACAAAUUAUUAUCAUUAGGUUCUUCAAAUAUGGGUCAAGAUUCUGCCGCCAAAUCUCCCUGGACUGGUUGCAGUCAAUUCCUGCCCACUACACAGAAAAUCAUUCAGUUCAGUGAUGGUAAAUCACCCAAACCGGGGGAUAAAAUUGUUUAUGUAGCUGGUGCCUUUGAUUUAUUCCAUGUGGGUCAUUUAGAUUUCCUACAAAAGGCCAAAGAAUUGGGUGAUUAUCUCAUUGUUGGUUUGCACACAGAUCCCGUGGUCAACUCCUACAAGGGCAGUAAUUAUCCCAUUAUGAAUUUACAUGAACGUGUACUCAGUGUUUUGGCGUGUAAGUACGUUAAUGAAGUUGUUAUUGGUGCUCCCUACUGUGUUACCGAAGAUUUACUGGAUCAUUUCAAAGUUGACGUAGUGUGUCAUGGACAGACACCAAUUGCUUUAGAAGAUGGUAAACUUGAUCCCUAUGCCGUACCCAAGACAAGAGGCAUUUUCAGUCUUAUCGUUUCCGGCAACGAUAUGACAACCGAACGUAUCGUAGAACGCAUCAUUAAUCAUCGUCUCGAAUACGAAAGACGCAACAAGGCCAAAGAGAAGAAAGAGGUGGAAGCCUUUGAGGCUCUGCAACGUGCCAAGCAAACACAAAAAGCAGGCUAAUAUUAAGAAAUGACACAAAAUAGGAACCCGCGCGCCACACACAAAUCUCUCUCCUAUUCUACUACUACUACUACUACUACUAAUCCUCUAAAUAGGAAAUAAAACAAACUUUAAACAACAAACAAUUAAUGGAACUAGAUUUUCGAGAACCUAGCUUAUAAAAUUUUAAGUCUUGAGUGUUAAUUCUAAACUAAAAAGAAAAGAUUAACUCAAAUUUUUAAGAGAAUUUCAACAUAAUUUUAAUAUAAUUAUAAUUAUUAGCUUUUUAUUUUUAUUAUUUUGUUUUAUUAUUAUUAAUUAUAUGAAAUAUUUAUUAGUAUUUAAGUUUUUUUUUCAUUUUUAUGUUUUAUUAAGCAAUUGGUUUUAUUUUCUUUUGUUAAUUCAAUUUUUUUUUUUUAACAUAGUACAAUUUAUAUUUUGUUUAUCAUCGUUUUAACUAUCAAUAUUUUUUUACAUAUUUCUUAACAUUUUUUUUUCAAAUAAAGACACAUUUUGCUGUCUUUUUGCUUUAUAUAACCGUUAUUGUUCUUAUCCCUCAAAUAAUUAAAAAUAAACAUUUUAAAAAGCUUGUAAUUUUAUAUUAAAAACUAUAAAUUAAUAAUCUCUUUAAAAAUUAUCUAUUAUAAAGAAAUCUGUAGUUAAUUAUAACAAAUUAAUUAAUAUUUAAUAACCUAAAAACAAAUAUCCUCCCUGUUGUAUAACCAACAACUUGCCUGUUCUUUUUGUGUAGUUUUUUUGUAUUAGUUAAAUGGAAAUUUAAAACCAAAUUUGUAUAAGUUUAUUAAUAUUUUUUUGUUUUUGCUUUUAAGUUUUAUGUUACGAUUUAUUUUUUUUUUUUUUCAAUUGCAAAAGAAAAACAAAAAACAUUUAUAUUGUUUUUUAUAUACUUCUAGAAUGUUUUUUAUUUUAUAAAUUAAUUUAUUAUAUGUGUUUAAUAAACAAUAAUUAUUAUGUAUUUAAACAAAAAUAAUAAAAAGGAGUUUCUUUUUAAUGGAGCGGUAGAUCUU